CCUACCAGUAACCAUCUUGGUGAAUUCCUUUUUUUCAUCAUUGGAUUAGGGUUUCUGCGGUUCCUUCACAUCGAAACCCUCUUCGAUUCGCAUCCUCUCUCCCCUACUCCCACUGUACAUGGUUCUUUAUCAUUCGCAUUCCGUUUUCAAUUCUUCAUUCCCUCAUUUUAAUAGUUCUUCAAAUCCCAUUUUCUCCGUGCCCUAAUUUCACGAUCACUCCGUCAUCUUCAGCAAUGGGAAGCAAAGGCCGCAUGCCCCCGCCCCCGCACCUGCGGCGGUCGAUCCCGCCGGGUCCCGCCGCGAUGCCGCACCCGCUUGCGGCACCAUUCGAUCUACUCCCGCCGCCGCAGGUGUUGGAGCAGAAGCUAGCGUCGCAGCACGCGGAGAUGCAGCGCCUGGCGACGGAGAACCAGCGGCUCGCAGCGACGCACGGAGCGCUGAGACAGGAGCUAGCGGCGGCGCAGCACGAGUUGCAGAUGCUCCACGCCCUCGUGGCAGGGCUGAAGGGGGAGCGGGAGCAGCAGGUGCGCGCGCAGUUGGAGAAGAUCUCGAAGAUGGAGAGCGAGGCUCAGAGCUCAGAGGGCGUGAAGAUGGAGCUGCAGCAGGCUCGCGGGGAGGCGCAGAACCUUGUUUUGUCGAGGGAUGAACUUGUUUCAAAAGCGCAACAGUUGACUCAGGAACUGCAGAGGGUUCAUACUGAUGUUGUUCAGAUCCCCGCGCUUAUCUCUGAGCUUGAAUGCCUCAGACAGGAGUAUCAGCAUUGCAGAGCCACAUUUGACUAUGAAAAAAAAUUAUACAAUGAUCACCUUGAGUCACUCCAGGUGAUGGAAAAAAACUAUGUUUCUAUGAGUAGGGAAGUGGAAAAACUUCGAGCCGAGCUUACAAACACGGCUAAUGUGGAUCGGAGAAGUAGUGGGCCAUAUGGUGGCACCUCUGGAACUAACGAGAACGAGGCUUCUGGUCUUCCUGUGGGACAAAAUGCUUAUGAAGAUGGUUAUUCUAUUAUGCAGGGACGUGGUCCCCUCCCUGCCGGCAGUGGGGGUGGUGGCAGUGCUACUACACUUUCUUCUGCUGGAGCUCAACCUGGUCCAACUCCUGCAGGGACUGGUUAUGAUCCUCCCAGAGGACCUAGCUAUGGUGCAUCUGCUGGACCUAAUUAUGACGCACAAAGGGGUGUUACUUACGACACACAAAGGCUGACUGGUUACGAUGCCUUUAGAGGAGGAUCAGCAUACGAUUCCAAGAGAGGGGCAAUUUUUGAUAAUCAAAGAAGUUCCUAUGAUCCACAGAGAGGUUCGGGAUAUGAUAUGCAGAGAGGACCUGGUUACGAUUCAUCGAGACCAGUUGGCUAUGAAUCGCAGUCAAGAGGGGUUGGUGGUCCUCAUGGACAUGCUCCACCGAUGAACAAUAUGCCGUAUGGAUCCACAACACCGCCUGCUCGUAGUGGAGGUGGAUAUGAAACUACUCGAGGUGUAAACCCCAAUAGGAGAUGAUGAUGACCAUUACCUUGAGUUUGUCUGGCUCAUGAAUGUACGUUUGGUUUUCUCCUAUCUUUGUUGUAAUGUGCAUAGUCCACGAGAGGGGAAACAAAUGUUCGUCAUUAUUGGAAAGACAUUCUCACCGCCUAUAAUUGCUCUACAUGAAAUUGGUAACACACUACCAAUCUAACUUGCCUAUAUAAUUUAUUUGGGAUUUGAGAUGGUUUAAUUUUAUUAAUCUCUUGUCUUC